AUGCCUGAUGGCAGUGAGAAACCAAUUGCAUUUGCAAGCCGUUCGCUAUCAAAGUCUGAAAGAAUGUACGCGCAAGUACAAAGGGAAGCUACUGCAAUAUACUGGGCAGUACACAAAUAUUAUCCGUAUCUAUAUGGUCGAAAAUUCACGCUGAUAACAGACUGUCAAGCACUGUUGUCUAUAUUCUCUCCGAGCAAGGGCAUCCCUGCAACUUCUGCUGCGAGAAUACAACGAUACGCGGUUUAUUUGUCAGGCUUUGAUUAUGAUAUAGAAUAUAAAAGUACUAAGAAACAUACUAAUGUCGAUGGAAUGUCACGUUUGCCCGCGCCAUCAAUAUUAGAAAAUGACAGUAAUUUUGAGGAAGUAUUUUUCAAUGAACAAUUUGAUAAACUUCCUAUAACUAGCGCGCAAAUCAAGCGUGAAACGCAGCGUGAACCUAUCUUAUCGCGUGUUUACGAAAAUGUAAACAAGGGCUGGAGUCUGAACUUAAAUGACCCUGUCCUGAAAGGUUAUCACACGCGCCGGAACGAAUUAACUAUUCAAAGAGGCUGUUUAAUGUGGGGAAUUAGAGUUGUUAUUCCUGAGAAACUCAGAGGUCAAGUUUUAGAUCUUCUGCACUGUAGCCACAGUGGAAUAGUUAAAAUGAAAAAUUUAGCGCGAAGUUAUGUCUGGUGGCCUGGCAUUGACUCAGACAUUGAACACAUGGUGAGACAAUGUCAGGGCUGUCAGAUGCAGCAGAAAAUGCCAGAAAAAGUUCAACUUCACCCAUGGGAAAAUGCGCGCUCUAAUUUUGAACGCGUUCAUGUAGACUUUGUAGGUCCAUUUCAAGGUCAUAUGUUCCUAGUAAUAGUUUGUGCUCGAAGCAAAUGGGCUGAAAUAGAGGAUAUGGGAAAUUGUACGUCUGCCGAAAAAACAGUCAAUGUAUUAAGGACCAUAUUUAGUCGUUAUGGUAUACCAAAACAAUUGGUAAGCGAUAAUGGUGUACAAUUUACAUCAGAUUUAUUUGCGCAAUUUAUGAAAAAUAACGGUAUUUUUCAUAUAAGAACCGCAGUUGCUAAACCGUCCACAAAUGGUUUAGUGGAACGUUUGAACGGCACUUUUAAGUCAAGAAUUCGAGCAAUGAAAUUUGAUAAAGGAGACCUAAAUCUAAAGUUGGCAAAUUUCUUGUUAACAUAUCGCAAUUCUGUACAUCAAAGCACACAAGAAAGUCCUGCGAUGAUGUUUAUGGGCAGAAGUUUGCGAAGCAAGUUAGACUUAUUAAAACCGGAUAUAGACGGUUAUGUCGAAAAACAAAGAAUGAAACUGGCAACAUCGGAAUCGCGAAAUUUCCGAGAGUUUAAAGAAGGAGACUCAAUAAUAGCGCGAGACUAUAGGCCUACUUCAACCGAAAAAUGGUUAUCGGGUACAAUUUUAUCCCGCGAGGGACCUCUCAUGUAUAAAAUUGAUAUCGGUAACAAUCAAGUCUGGAGAAGGCAUGUUGACCAGCUACGGAAAUCAGAAAUGAAUAAUGAGCUUUCUCGCCGAGAAAGUUCACCAUUAAACAUGAUCCCGCUUAAUUUGUCAGAAAUGCCAGUUAUGACCGAGAGAAAUGACCCUUUGUUAGUACCUGGUAAUCCUGAGAAAAUGCCAUCAUUAAAUGAAAAUAAAAGAUCAGAUCAAAUGUUAAUGGAACGAAGAUACCCAUUGAGAGAACGCAAACCACCUAAUCGUUUCUCAUACUGA